AUGGCGACACCAUUUUGGGGACCUCAGACUUCAUAUCUGAACUUCUGCGAGGAGGAUUAUGUCGUGACUCGGUAUAUCGCUGAAUUCGUAAAUACCCUGAGCAGUCUCACCUUCGUCGCCUACGGCAUUUAUGGCUUGUCUCGAUCCUCAAAUUCCCCUACGGUACCACGAUGGAUUUCGUACUGUGGUCUAAUCGGCGUGGGCAUAUGCUCAGCCGGAUAUCAUAUGACCAUGAAGUACCAUACUCAGAUGUCCGAUGAGCUGUCGAUGCACCUCCUCACGACGCCGCUUAUAUACCGUCUCCUCACCUUCAAGGCAAGCCCACAGAAGACCAAGUGGAUAGGAAUAAUUCUUGGCUCGCUUUUUACCAUCGUCAUGGUCACUCACAUGGUUAUGGAUGAAUUCCUACUACAUGCCACGACAUUUGGCCUGGGAGUCUACAUCAUUGCGUCUCAAAACCUGAAGUUGAUUCCUCAGCAAGUACCAAACCCAGAAGUCAGGAGGGCAGUUCGGAAUGUUGCCUUACUUGGAGGCGGAUUCUUCCUCCUUGGAUACAUUGUGUGGCUGAUAGAUGAUUGGGCCUGUCAUCACCUGAUCGACGCGAGACGCUCAGUCGGCAUACCCGUUGCGUUUCUCCUGGAGCUGCACGGAUGGUGGCAUGUUCUUACAGCUAUUGGGGGUUACAUCGGCGUUGCGAUAGUUGAUCUGAUAACUUCAGGCGAGGUAACGGAGGACCCUAUAGAUAGCUUUGCAUGGCCUAUCCCUUUCGCAGCCAGGCUUGUUACCGGGCCGACAAAGUCUGCUAAGAAAGCCUAG